AUGGUAACUGCUGAUGAAGUUGACAGAAUAAAGGCACGUGCCGGCGCCGAUGACUUUACCGUUCGCUCGGGUGUUACUGACGGUGGUUGUGACGAUGACAUAGGUCGCAGAGUGGAUUUAGCAACUGUUGUUACUGCUGAUGAAGUUGACGGAAGAGAAGCAGGUGCCGGCACGGACGAGUUUAAUGUUGGCGAUUUCUUUGGGACGUCUGAUAACGAUGCUGGUGGUACUGGCUGUAACGACGAUGAAGUUUCCGGUGGUGCUGCAAGAUGGGCUGAUGUCUUUGAUGAAGGUUGUGGUAAUUCCGCAAUAGGUUUUGAACAUGGCUCGAGUGGUGCUGACGGUGUCGGUGGUCGUGAUGACGAAAUACGCCGCAACGUAGAUUUGGCAGCUGGUGGUUCUGUAGUUACUGCUGAUGAAGCUGGGGGAACCGAAGCAGGUGAUGGUGCCGGUAACUUUACCGUUGGCUCGAGUGGUACUGACGGUGACGAUGGGCGUGACGACGAAAUGUUUCGCAGAGUAGACUUGGCAACUGGUAUUUCUGUGGUUACCGUUGAUGAAGUUGGCGGGAGAGAGGCAGGUGCUCUCGCCGAUGAUUUUAUUCUUGGCGGUUCUUUCGGGACACCUGAUAAGGAUGCUUGUGGUGGAGGCUGUGAUGGCGAUGAAAUUUCCGGUGGUAUUGCAGGGUGGGUUGGUUUUUUUGAUAUUGGUGAAGUACUGAGUAACGGUGUUGCUGUGGGGCUCUGCGCUGCUGCUGUUGAUGACAGUGAAGAUACUAAGCUUAUUGCUGAAGAUGGCAGAAAUGGGUGCGGUGAAGUUAAGAGCACUGAAAAAUUUGUUGUAUUUGAUGGUGCUGGUGGUGCACUUUCUGGAGCUGUCGGUGAUGCAUGCAACUUAUUUAGCGGGGCUGAGAGUUUUGAUGAUAGGGACUGUCUGGUGGACUGUUUCGCACGUUUAGCUCCGUUGGUGAUCCCUCUUUUCAACAUUACGUCUUUACUUGCAUUUGUCUCUGGUGUGUUUAUUUUUAUUAUAAUGGCAGACGUCUUGCGUGGAAUUUCCACAACCGUUGAUGGCGAAAGUGGCGUUGUAGAGCCGGAAACUAAUUCCGCUGUUACACAUGCACUCGGUGUGAAUUUUGUUUCCGAUGAUAAUAAGGCACUUUUUGCCGGUGACUUGUUUGCAGAGGAAGCAUUUCUUUUCGAUAUUCCAUUUUUCUUCCAUGUUUUUUCGCCUAACUCUGCCACUGAUGUAGAGGAAAGGCCUGCGGUUGUGAUCGUCUCGUGGAGCUUAGUAUUUACUGCAUUUUUCGAUGAUGACGUUGUUGGCAGGGCUGGAGAUUUAUUAGAAUAA